AUUCGAAUCUUCGUUUUCCUGCAGUCGCUUCGGGUGGAAGACAGGCAAGAGGAGAGCCAGAACAAGAAGUCGGACGACCCCCCUGCAUCAGGCGAUGGUAAAAAGGCAGAGCCCCAGCAACCGAGCACGGCCAACAUCAAGCUGGAGAGCGACCAGGACCGGCAGCGUCUUCGACAGCGGAAGAAGAAAGAUGCGGGUGAGGAGAAGGAGGCACGCAACAAGGAGGUGGUCAACGAAGAGGUCAAUGCCACGGACGACAGCUCUGGGGCACCAGUGACGGCAAAUGGCCAGCUCAAGCCGAAGCCCAUGCCAGAAGGGCUAUGGAAGAUUGUGACCUGGACUCACAAGGAGCAGGUCAAAGCGCGGCAGGCGGCUGCCAGCGCGAUGCAGUUCGACCUACUCCUCAUCUUGACCAAGCCAGUCAUUCCGCUGAUCAUGCUUGUGGCCACCGGACAGGCGCUGGCUACCAGACCCACGGUGGUGGUGAGCGGUGCGACAGGGCGGACCGGGCUCCUGGUUUACAAGGACCUGAAGGCCUCGGGGAAGUACGAAGUCCGAGCCUUCGUGCGGAACGCCACGAAAGCCAAAGAUUUGCUGGGCUGCUCAUCUUGCAACGAGUCUGAGGGCAUCUUUGUUGGCGAUGUCUCUGAACCAGAGACGAUGAAAGCCGUGAUGACAGGAGCCGACACCUUGGUCAUCGCGACGUCCUCCGUGCCAGUUUGCAGCGGAAGCCUUCCCUUUCCAAUGAAGAAAUGCCAUUAUCCUAAGGGCGGCGAGCCCAAGAUUGUUGACUGGCUUGGCACGAAGGCACAAGUUGCGGCUUUCGCCUCCGCCGGCGGCAGCGUCGCCGCCAAGCAAGUGCUGUACGUCAGCACCAUGGGAACCACUACCCCUGACAACUUCUUGGACAAGCUGGACAAAGGCUUCGUGUCUUUCUACCACCUCCAAGCAGAAGCCGACAUCAUGGCCUCGGGUGUUCCCUUCACUAUUGUCAAAGCGUGUGGCCUUGGGGACGGCGAGCCCGGCAAGCACAAGCUCCUCGUCGGGCACGACGAUGCCAGCUUCAGCAUGGCCUUGAGCCAUGAGGUCCAUCGCGAGGAUGUCGCGCGUGUGAUGGUUGCAGCGAUCGAGGCCCGCUCCCUGGCCCUGGGCCUCCGCUUCGACCUCUGCUCUGCCGCCACCGGCGCCCCGACCACGGACAUUGAGACAGACGUCCUGCGCGCCGCGCAUCUGCCCUGGAAUCGUCCGACGGCGGACGUGAUGGUUUGGAACGGCAUCCUGUCCUCCAUGUUCAUUGGCCACGCUUUGCGGAAGUGGGUGCCGCAGAUGAGCUACGAGGCCCAGCACCUCUUCUGCGCUCUCUUCGGCGUGCUCCACACCAUGCUGGGCGUGUCGGCCUCCAAGUUGGAGGACUAUGCCAACCGAGAGGGGAGUAAGAUGCUCCAUUUGGCCUGGGCCUGGUCUCUCAAGGAUGUCUUGUCCGUGAUGCACAUGUGCCAACUUGGGGCCGCAGCGCCGCACUCAGAGAGCCCACCCACAGCUGUCACAGCUGGAGGUAGUCUGAUCAACUACCAGGUGUUUUUUCAACUACUGGGUGUUUUCAAGAUAUUCUGCCCUCCGGUUCCCUCACCGGUCAUGGGCAUUUGCUAA